AUGGGUCUUCCGCGCGAGGCUCCGCGCGGGGGCCCGGACAACGCGCGCAACGCCUUCCGCGGAGUGCGCCAGCGCAAGUGGGGCUCCUGGGUGGCGGAAAUCCCUCACCCGCGCCUCAGAACGCGCGUCUGGCUCGGAUCCUUCCGCACGGCGGAAGCUGCUGCACGGGCGUACGACCGCGCUGCCCUCAAGCUCAUGGGUCCAACCGCUGUUUUCAACUUCCCACAACCUCAGGCUUCUCCAGACGGCCUUGCACUGGGGCCUGAAGCUGCUCCUGAAGCUGCCCCUGCUACUGCCCCUGCUGCUGCCCCUGGUACUGCUGAAGUCGCUGCCCCUGAACAGGCCGAAGCACAUCUCCUGACCGAAGCACAGAGCGGCCCAGACAGAAAUCAAGGGGACCUCUGCAGCAAGACAAGAGUUCCUCACGUUGCUGAGAGUGAGACAAUCAGGGCCCUCACUCCACCCGUCGUCUCCCCGCUAACCAAUUCAAGCGCAGCAGCAGGCGUUUCGGCGUCGCCUCUGCCUGCCGUGACAAACUUCGCUUCCCGUCUUUCCUUGUCUGCAUGCCCCUUUAGUCCUGCAGCUGCUGACCCAACAGUUGGCACCCACACGAACUUCCCUGCUCUCACUGCGGUUGAGAGCGGUUCUAGAACUCCUGCUGCUGCUACUCCCACUACCCGUACCUGUGCCGGUGUCUCGGAGGGGCACGUGAGAGCACAGAUGCUGCAUCGGUUGCUGUCUCCUUCGCGAGACAACAGGAGGCCGCAGAUGCUCACUCACGCAGAAGCCAGUGCAGUCGGCGCCACCACUGUCGUUGACGCUUGCCCAAUCACUGCUGUUGGGAAUAGGCUGCCAUCCCUGCCUAGACAUGUGCCAACCCUGCUGAGCCAUCAGCCAACCCUGCCUGGCCAUGUGUCGGCAUCUGUUGGGAUGCUGGUGGCUCUGGAACCAUUCCCUCCUCAGAACCGCAAUGCAAGCCUUCACUCUGCCACCGCUGCUACCAGCAAUACUGAUGUUUCGAGAAAGAGAUCAUGGCAGCAGGCUGAGAUGCCGAUACAGUCACACCAGUCUGUUCGUACAGUCACACCAAUGGAUGGGCAGCUGAAGGCGCUUCUGCUGGAGUUGGAGGGGGAGGAGGAGAGUAGGGUAAGUGAGGCAUCGUGGGCUGAGCGAUCUAAGCAGGUUGAGACGCUGCUGUUGGAGCUUGAAGAGGAGGAGAGAAGGGUGAAGACGAGGGCCUGGGAUGGGCAACCAGAGCAGGAUCGGACGGUGCUGCCUGGAUUGAACAGCCCUCAGCAAAUGCAGUAUGUGGUGCAUGCAGCGUUGGAGCCAGUGGCGUCUUUUCCUCAGAUGCACUCAGUGCAGCAUGUUCACAUGCUAGCUCUUCAGCACCCAGCACAGCAUGCCUAUGUGCCAGCUCAGAAGCACCCAGCAACGCCUGUUCACGUGCCAGGUCAGCAGCAGUCACACAUGGGUGCCCUGCUGGACUCUCUGCUGCAGCAGCUGGAGGCAACACAGGAGUAUGAGAUGAUGCUGCUGGCCCAGGCAAUAGAAGCACAGAGGAGGGAGGAAGAGCGAGUUUCUGUUCUUCACCCUCUGGAUUCGCCCGCGCUGCCCCGGUUUCAGCCGGUUUUGCUGCCUCCUUACGCAUCACCUCUUGCGUCUUCUCAUCAGCAGUCCGUGAAACCACUAGCGUCACACAAUAAUGUUGCUUCUUUGGAGCCCCACACUCCUACGCAAUCUCAUUUUCCAUCGAUGGGACGCAUAGGUUCACAUAGUGCGAGUGUUGAAGAUUUCGAGCUGGAUUUUCUGGCCGACAUAAUGAAUACAUGGAGUUGA